UCAAAAUCCAUGAGAUAAAUUUCUUCAAAAGCCUCAAUAACAACAGCGCCGUGACGUUGACGUUUCAAUUAAACGUCAAUGUCAACGUCAAAUACAUCAUAUGAUUAAUGUCCAAAUCAGCUGAUUGUUAUUUACAAACCAUUGCCAUUUAAUCUUGAAUCCUUAUCCUAAAAAUCUCAUUAUCUAAAGCAAAAUAUAUAGGAUAACCAUGUCAUCCCGAGAAACCAAUAUAAUACCAAUAGAGGAAGUAUUUAAGAUGCGCUAUUUGGAACAGUACGUACAAACUGUAGUCAAUUACAGUUCCAGAUACAACAACCAGUGCAGUUAUUCUUAUGCCCCCAUCAAUUUAGUAGGAAAAUACGUUAAAUAUCCAUGCUACGGAGACUUUCCUGAGACCUACUUCUUGAGGUCCUAUGGUAAAUGGUGGAAAACCAGUAAGGCGAGCCAAAAAGAGUAUAGGCCUCAGGACUUUGACUUACUAGCUGCAGAAGAUUAUGUAACAUUAGAGUUUGGUAGUGUUGUAAUUCCAAGGGAAAUUUUCAUUUAUGAAGUGUAUAAUCCCGGUGCCAUAGUGCGAAUUUGGGGCAGGUUAAAAACCACACCAAACUGGGUGCUGCUGUGGGAGGGAUUUCCCCAAAAAUGUGCCCCCAGAUCCAGGAAGUUCUCACCACCACUAAGGAAAUUAAAUGUUUUAAUUAAUUUAGUUAGGAUAGAGUUUAACCAAAAUCAUUUAGAAUAUCAUACAGCUCUUGAUGCUGUUUUACUUUGUGGGUAUCAACCAGAGAGCCAAUUCCAAUAUGAAAUAAUUAAGUUCACUGAAGUUAAUAUAUUGAAAGCACUUAGCACCAUAACUGUCAGUGAUGUGGAGAAUGAGAGAAAGAGAGAUAAGGAUCCUAUUGAUAAUUUUUCAAUGUUGCCAAAUGAAAUAAUUUUGAAAAUUUUGGAAUAUCUUGAUCUAAAGUCACUUAGCAGAUGCGCCCAAGUGAACACCAGGUUAAACAAGUUGUGCCAAAACCAGGCUUUAUAUCAAAACAUCAGCUUAAAGAUCUAUUGGUACUUGGUUGAUAGUAAAGCAUUGGAGUUCUUUAAAAAGAAAAUUGGAAAUAUUAAGAAACUGGACUUAUCAUGGUGCAAUGAAACCCAACUAUCUUUCAACCGUCGAUUGCAUUUUGAUUAUUAUUCCAAACUGCAAAGUAUUUUAGAAUCAUCUAGUCAAACUAUAACACACCUUUGCCUAAACAACAACUAUUUUGUGGAUGACGAGCUACUUCACCGCAUAGCAGCCUGUACUGAACUAAAAGACCUCAGGCUACAUCACACAUUCAACUGGAUCAGAUCCCCCUUGGAUAAACUGGGUCACUUGGUCACUUUGGAUUUAAGUUUGACUAACAUCAUUGAUCAGGAUCUUAUACAGAUAUUGAUAUCCAAUCCCCAUUUGGAACAUCUUGUGCUUGAUCUUUGUGAGAAACUGGUGCUUAUAGACAGCAUAGUGGAAACGGUGACGUUAUGCAAUAAAAAACUGAAAACCUGGAGUUCCUGGAAAGCGUAUUCAUUCACCAGCGCGGGUAUACGUAAAUUCGGUUCGUGCGAAAACCUGGAAGAGCUGGAUCUCGGUUGGUGUCUGAUGUGUCGAGAUCCGGGCGAUUGUUUGGCUGCCAUCGCUAACGGUUGUAAAAAGUUAAGGCGUUUGAUUUUAUCAGAAUGGAGAGGCGUGACCGAUCAACUCUUAAUGCCGAUCAUACAUUCCUGUAAGGAACUCACCCAAAUCGAUCUUAUCGGGAUCAAAGGGAUUACGGCUGAGUCCUGUGAAAAGGCGUUGUUUUUAUUGCCGAAAUUGCGCCUUUUGGAUGUCAGUUUUUGUGACAGUUUAAGACAACACGAGGUUGAAAUUUGGAGAGAGCAGUAUCCACAUAUUACCAUACAAAGAAGCCAUUCAGAUUAUUCGUAGAAUAGAAGCAAAUUAGUUCUGUUGUAUUAUUUUUAUUAAUAAAUAUUUGCUGUUUAUAA